UGCAAUCCAUAGCCCCACUACAAAACCAUGAGAGCCCCUUUGCGCCAUGUUCUGUUCCUGGGUCGAAGGUUGCAGGUUGAAAGGGAGUCAGGAAACGGAUGCUAAAGAAAGACAGGAUAGAGAUGGAGAAGAAUGCGUUGGUCGGGGUGGGAGAAGAAGAAGAAGAACAUGAAGACAGAUGUAGGGAGUACAGAAAAGGGAACUGGAGUCUUACUGAGACCAUGGUUCUGAUCGAGGCGAAGAAGAUGGAUUACGAGAGGAGGGCGCAGAGGUUGAAGGAGUUGCCGCGGGGCAGCAGCGGCAUCGGCAGUAGCAGGCCACAAGAGAUGAGGUGGAAGUGGGUGGAAGACUGUUGCUGGCGACACGGGUGCUACAGGAGCCAAAACCAGUGCAAUGACCGGUGGGAUAAUCUCAUGAGGGAUUACAAGAAGGUCAGAACAUAUGAGCUGAGCUUGAGCGCCGGAGGAAACCCAGGUUUAUCUUACUGGAAGCUCGAGAGGCAUGAGAGGAAGGAGAAGAACCUGCCCUCGAAUCUCUUGCCUGAGAUAUUCGAAGCCUUAACCGAGGUGGUGCAGAGGAGAGCCAUGGCGGAGAAGGCGAGUGGUGGUGGUGCAUGUGUGGCCGCCGCGAGGCCAGUGCAAGAGGAGAGGCAACUCGGGGGCGCCUCAGCUUCGAUGCAGCACAGCAGCCCAGGUGCAGGAUCACAAGCUCCGGAACCGCCAAUGAUUGCGCCGCCCCUUCCUCCUUAUCCUCCGUCACAUUCUCGACCAAUGGCCACCAUAGAUUCCGAAGACAGUCAGCAUUCAGUAUCACCAGAGAGGAAGAGAAAACGAGGAGGAGGAGGAGGAGGCAGCAGCAGCAGCAGAAGCAACACCAUGGAGCUGAGUUCUGCGAUCUCGAAAUGUGCUUCGAUCAUAGCAGAGGCGCUGCAAGCAGGAGAGCAGAAGGAGGAGACCAGGCACAAAGAUCUGGUGAGCAUUGAGGAGAGGAAGGCCAAACUGGAGGAGUCAAAGUCAGAGAUGAGCAGCCAGUCCAUGGAUGGCCUGGCUUCUGCCAUCAACAAGCUUGCCAGCUCAAUCCUUGGUUUGGCCACUGACAGGAUGCAGAAGCUCCAGAAAUAAAUGAACAAAGAACCUGAUUGUAGGUGUCACACAAAAGUCCAGGGCCAGGAAAGGAGAGUGAUUUGGUACACUCACCACUGGCUAAGCUCCUCCAUCAGCCAUUCCAUUCUCACUUCCAAUCAUUAAUCAUG